UUUUGAGGUCAUCUGCACCUUCUGGCGGGGAAAGAUGGUCAACGUCUUGAAAGGAGUUCUUAUAGAAUGUGACCCUGCCAUGAAGCAGUUUCUGCUCUACUUAGAUGAAUCCAAUGCUCUGGGGAAGAAGUUCAUCAUCCAAGACAUCGAUGACACUCAUGUCUUUGUAAUAGCUGAGCUGGUGAAUAUCCUGCAGGAGCGAGUAGGUGAACUGAUGGACCAAAAUGCCUUUUCUCUGACCCAGAAGUGAAAGCGGUUUUAUCCGGGAGCAAUCAGGAGCAACUCCUGUGGACCCUCGCUGCCAGUCUGCCAGCUUGGGAGAGCCCAGGGAAGGGUGUGGAGUUUGUGGUUCAGGAACAAAGUCCUAGAACCAAUUUUCUUGUACUAUUUUUCAACCUGUGUUAAAAAAAAACAAAACAA